CUCAGCAGAGCCGGCAGCAGCGCCAGUAGCAGCGGCAGCAGCAGCGGAGCCGCGGGCCACUACGCGGUGCACUCCUCAGACGGCGAGCAACAGGACGCCAGCGGCAGCUACGUCACCGUCUGCCAGAACCUGCAGGCGGACAGCGAUUCUGAAGCAGAGCCAGAACCAGCAGAGGUAGCAGAAGGGCAUGAGGCCGCCGGUGGAGGUUGCUGCACUCUGACCAGGAGCAGGGCAAGAACCAGGAGCGCUGCCGGCAGAAGCAGAAGCAGAAGUAGCAGCAACAGCAGCAGCAGGGGGCAGCGCGGGACAGCCGACCGCUGCGGCGGCGGAUCUCAGCAGCAGCCGCAACAACAACAACAACAACAACAACAACAAGACGCUGAAGACAUGUCGCGCCGGCCACAGGUGUUGCGGGUGACGGACUCCGCCAACUCGGUGCUGACGCCGCGCAGGUCCCCGGGCACGCCCCCGACGCCGCCCCCGGCGCCGGCCGUCGUCGCGACGCUCACCACGUGCCCCGCGGCGGCGCCGCCGCCUCUCGACGCUAAGGCGCUGCGCGUCCAUCACGAGGCCGCGCUCUCUGACGCCUCCUUCAGGGCGCUGAGCUGCAAGGACGGCGAGUCUCCUGCGCACGCGCAGUCGCAGUGCCACUCGCUGGAGCGCGGCGCGCGCUUCGGACUGCACAGGUCGGUGCCGGGGCGGCUGGACGCGCACAGCCAGGGCGACCACGACCAGGGGGGGACGGACAGCCAGCAGCAGCAGGAGCCUCUGGAGGCGGCGCUGGACGGGCUGGCGCGCUACCUGCAGUCCAACAGGCAGGGGCUGCGCGACCUGCUGCUCACCAGCGCGCUCGUCGUCGUCGAGCCGCUGCCGCCGGGGGCGGCUGCGGGAGGCGGGGGCGGGGGCGGCGCCGCCGUGGAGCGCGCCAAGAGCUACACCAUCCCGCGCGCGCUGCGCUUCUUCCACCCCAAGCGCCACAACAGGGAACUGCUGGACGAGGAGCUGCCAGACCCGGACACGGUGCGCCGCGCGCGGCAGGUGUUCGAGGCGACGCUGGCCGCCGGGGGCGGCCUCGGAGGCGGAGGCGCCGCCCCCACGCCCCCUGCCUCCGGGCGGCGAGCGCUGUCCGCCCCCGGCCGCCGCUGGACGGACUGCGGCAGCGUCUCGUCCGGAGUCUCCAGCGACCUCAGCAGCUCGUACGAGGCGCGCAGCUCCAGGGGGUCGGACUCGGACCGCGGCAGCGGCGACGACGAUGACGACGACGAAGACGAGGAGGACGCGGGCCGCGGCGGCAGCCCUGCUGGAGAGGCGCGCGUAUCUGGAGAGGUGCUGGAGCGCAUCCGCGCGCGCGGCCUCAGCGUCACCUACUACGGGGGGCGGGUGGUGGCGCGCACCCCCGCAACGCCCCCGGUCGCAGCCGUGCUCAGCGAGAUCGGCGGCGGCGGCGGCGGCUUCCGCCUCGUCAAGAGCCACAGCUGCGGCUCCAGGCUGCAGCUCGCCGCCGACGUGGGUAGCAGUCCCAGUGAAGAAGGGCCGGUCUUCACCUCCACCCUGGGAGACGUCUCGCUGCGGCCGCCGCCGCCCCAGGAGGAGCAGAAGAGCAGGAAGAGCGGCAAGGAGGCGGCCGACAGCCGCCUGGCCGCCUACUGCGGCGGGGGCGCGGCCGCCCAGCCCCGGCGCUACCCCGACAUGGAGUUCGAGGAGUUCCAGGUGCUGGAGGACGGCGCUGGAGUCCAGGGCCAGAGGGGCGCCGUCUGCGGGGCCGCCUGA